CUUACAAGUACGCGUACCUUUGUGUGAUUCUUAUCGUGAAAGAAAGGAACCCACGAAAACAGCUCUUUAUGGUGUGUGUUUUAAUCCGUAUGAUCAACGGCAAGAUGCCGUCUUUGCGGUGACUGGAGGACGCAACAUUAUCAUUGCACAAUUUGAUAACGAUAAGCCUGUAGCACUCGAUAUUUUGCAAACCUACGUGGAUGAAAACGAAUUAGAGAAUUUUUAUUGUUGUGCAUGGUCGUUUGACCCAAACACAGGGGCGCCUUGGCUUGCCGUGGCUG